AUGCCUACAGGCUCGCGGAUUCGUCUUCUCAUCUAUCAUUCUCAUAACAAUACACACUCAACCUCGACAAUCACUCGAAAACAACAUACGAUAUACAGUUCCAGCACAAACCACUUGACUGAAUUGCAGAUCUAUGCGUCAAGACAAAAGUCGAUAGUAUCAAAGAAAAUGUCUGUCUUACCUGUCGGUCAUCCUUCGAUCCCAUCUGGAGUCUCCAUCGAUGAUCUAGUUGCCAUCAUCACCAUCCAUGACCCCGAGGCCAUCAAGGCGAAUCGAAACACUCCGUAUCAAAUGACCCAAAUCCUCAGCCAGCGACCCGGUCGAAUCACCCGAGGCAGUCUCGAAGGCUGUCACAUCUUCUUACACAAAGUCCAAGGCCAGGCUUACUAUACUAUGGGACGAGCAGAUUCGCCAGCCGAAACCGAGAUGCCACGAAAACGAGAUAUAUACCUGACAGACAAGCAAGCUGCCAUUUUCCACCUUCGUUUGGAACCUAUUCAAGCUUCCAACGCCUGGCGCAUACAGAAUUCGUGCGCUGUUCUGGCUACUGUAAACGGUGUGCCGAUCCAGUGUUCUUCUGCGCGUAAACCAGAGGAUCCCGAGCGGCUCCCUUGUGCGGUCUACCUGAGGCAGGACACUGUCAAUCGACUUACAAUUCGGGGACUACGAGUUGAUAUUUGGCUUCUGAAGACCGUACAAGAAGCGUACCCGACUGAUAUCGCUACGAUAAGUCCCAUCGAUAAUGCAUUUGCACAUCGGUCAGAGCCAUGGGCGCAACGAGAUUUGUUUCUCUUGAAGGAACAAGUGUCGCAUAAAUCACAUCGCGUCCUGCAUCGAUUCACGGGUGAGACGUUCACGGCAAAAGUGUUCCGCGAUGCACCGAAUCGGUGGCAACUUCGAGCAAACGAAUUCCAGAAGUUUGCUAGGAAUCAGGUAGAUGCUUCUAUUGUGCGUUAUCGGGCGGAACUGGCGAUUGACAAUAUCCCCGCGGUCAUCACUGAUACCCAUUAUGGGUUGAUGUCGUACGCAGCCAUGCAAUCUAAGAUCCAGAAGAUGCAUCCAGGUCAUCGCUUCCUCAUCGCAGCGAAGCUCCAACGCCGACUUUUCUCUGCCCUCGACUUCUUGCAUUUCCAUGGAAUUCUACAUGGUAGUGUCACGCUUGACGCUGUUUUAAUUCGGCUUCUUGGUCAUAAGGUUGCAACUGUGUUACUUGUUGACUAUUCUGCUGCUACAUCUGUUCCGCUUGGUGCUGAAAUAUCCCGCCUAGCCAUGCUCGAAGAUGCCCGCACCGCCAUGGAGAUUGUCGAGGACUGUUGCAAUAUCUGGAAACUGCGUAAGAAGCCCAGCGAAGAAGCAGAGUCUGACGAAAUGCUAGUGAGGAAAAUCGCGACGGCGCAGGAAGACGUGGAUCUUAUCAAGCGCGUUGUUAAUGACUUUUUAGCAAAGGGCGGAGACAAAUAUUCCAAAAAGUAUAGGAAACUGUUGGAUUUGGUGGAGGAAAAGCGUUACGAUCUCCAGAUGAGCCAGAAUCGUCGGAAAGAUAAUGCUAAGCGCGUUGCCAUUGCUCCUUGCCGCCAGUCCCUCAUCAACGACAUGAUUCAAGACUGGACUCGCACACAGCCCCCCUUCAAGAUUGGCGAGACAGCCUGGAUGCAUCUGACUCUCGGCCAUCCAUACUUUGACAACCUGACGAACGAACUCCGCUACAAUCGGUGGGAGUCCACGCCCCGGGAAAUCUGCACCCAGUUUAAGAACCUUGCUGGUGAAAUCGAAGAGCCAUGGCAGAGCAUUCUCGUCCUUAAGCCUCUGAGCUUUGGCCGAUGUGACGGCCAGUUCGUGGAGGAGCAAAUCCUCAUGUGGCUCGCGAGUUGUUGUGAAAUCUUCCCAGCUUGGCGUCAUGCACUCGAGACCGAGUACAGUCGUUGCGUGGACCCGUGCAACGGCUUGAUCAAGAUUGAACAUCUUCGCUUUCUUCAAGAUGCACUUUCAAAACGUGGAAACUUGCCAACUUCAAUGUGCAGCACGUUUAAAGAACUUCUCGCGCCCAUUGAGCAGGAUCAGUCGACUUUACAGUCAAAGGCUUUGCAUCAUGUCACUCUACAUGCUCCCUCGAACAUGUUUAACCUAACGCAACUCCAGCGGCUCACCGGCCCAGAACGCUUUGUGAAAUGUGUACAAGAUCCAAACAGUCGCUGUGACACGUUCGUUGAAGUUCGCGGAGAGCCUUCGCUCCAGGGCUGUUACGCUCCGCUUGCCCUGCUAUCGCAGUUCGUACAACUGCUUGGACUGAGUCUCCUUGGCUCACCAAAGAUUUCCAAAUCGACUCCCAUGCACGACCCAGCGGAUUUCAGUCAAGUACCGGCAGGUCGCAUUGUCCUAGCGCGAACGGGUCUGGUUGCGUUCGCCUCCAUGACACGAGGUGGCAAUCAGUGUGUCUUUUACGCCCCUCGGAUCCCCAAACCAGUCGAUCUGCUAUGUGAGAGUACGUUUUUCGCAACUUACUUUGGCAACAUGAAGAUUCUACCGGAUCUUACAGAUGGCAAGAGCAGGUACGAACGUCCAGCGCAUUGGUCCAAGUUCAGGACUGCGGAAGAGCAAGAGAGUGCGACAGAUUGGAGACGGCAGGUGAUGGCUGCCCCGGCUCGUAAUUUUUCUGCAAAGCGGAAUCGAUCUUCCAUGUCUUCGCCAUGUCCUAACGGUAGAGUUGAUAAUCGGAGCGCAGUGUCAUGGCAAUCUUCCGCUAUGGAAGUUUAUCAGUCGCCGCUGAGACGGAUGCUGAAGGUGCGCGAGCGCCGACGUGCUCAAGCGUUCCCACCGACAAAGCGUAAUGUGGAUGCCCAGAACGAAGAACCGAAUCCACCUUCGGAAAAGCGUAGUCGCAUUUCACCUGGUCCCGGUGAUGUUACUCCGACGCGUCAGAAGCCAGAACCGGCAGAUGCUCACGUCAAGAUGGUUGCGGAACGUCUGGCAGCUAUGGCUGAUGUCGAUAAUACAGAUGGCAGUCCUGGGGUCAUCAAUCCCCUUGGGCCACGAGGCGAUGGCGCAGGUCAAGCAGUGGGCAGCGACACCCCAUGCGACCGAGUUUUCGACCUUCCCUACCUGGUGCAAGAAGGUAAAUUCGACAUCACAGCCGACCGAAAGAAAGCCGAAAAGUGGUUAACCGACAUGGAAGCCAAAGCAGGCGAAUCAGAAAAGAACAGUCCACCAGUAAACGCACACCUGUCCCUUCUCAGAAUCCCCGCACCGUCGGUAACAGACUCAGACGCGACUGUGGCCGUCAGCCUAGACGAAGCGGUCCUGAACAAGCAUCGUGCGGCCUUAAGGAAAGGAGAUACCUCCAAUGUCUCGAUUCGCCAGGGCAUGAACCAAGUGAAGUGUGAUCCAAGGACGCCACGCCAUACUGUGACCAAACUCGCUGGAAUUCCGGAGGACGAGGAUGGUGAGGAUGAAAUUCUGGUUUUUAGUCCACCUACUCCAUUGGUGUCGGAUUGGCUGGGUGGACUACGCAGGUCGAGGCGGGCCAGGGGUUCUUCGGAAUCAAAGGACAGGUCUACGGGCAAGGAUGAGACUGACAAGGGACAUCAUCCUGAAUGA